AACAAGGACCGAGAUGUUUCCGUGAUAUGAUUGUACAAAAUGAAAAAUUACAAGGUUGUCCACCAAAGUUGCAACGUAAUUUAUUCCAAGCAAUGUCAUUGGAAUGUAAUUGUCCAAUAUCUACAACUGAUAGCAAUUUUGCUCAUACGCGAAGUGAUGUUGCACCGUUUCAUUUUGUCAAUCCAAGAAUUACCUCAUCAGAUGGAAAUUUAUCGAUUUCUCGUAAUCUUUCACUUGGUAUACCAAAGAAUACUAGCAAUUUAAACCUUAUCAAAACUGUUACUGAAAUAAUACCGGGAAUUAAUAUUACUACUGCUAUCAUUGAUAGUACUAAAAUACCGAUAACAAGAGAAAAAUUCGUAAAUUCACCAGUUGAUAUUCAACAAAAUAAUGAGUUAGCACCAUCUAUUAUACAAGAAUCGCUUGCAUCAACAGCAACCUAUGAACACUUAUCAUCGUUAUCAUUAUCAUUAUCACCAUCAGCAGCAGCAGCAGCAGCAGUAGCAUCAGAUAUGGCUGGUAUCAAUGGACAUGCUUGUACAGGUAUACAGUGCCAAAAUAAUGGUACUUGUAUCGCUGGAAAUGAUGGAAGAGCUGUUUGCAUGUGUCACGAAGGAUUUCUUGGAUCACAAUGUGAAAUAAAUUUAUGCGCUAAUGUCGAAUGUAUGCAUGGCGGUAUUUGUCAAGCUAAUGGUAAUGUACCACGUUGUCAUUGUCGACCAGGUACUACCGGGACAUUCUGUGAACAGCUUAUUUGUAAUCCAAGAUGUGAACAAGGUGGUAUUUGUGAGCUAACUGGAAAUGUGCCGGUAUGUCGAUGUCCGACAGGCACAUUUGGUAUUAAUUGCAAUAUUAUCGACACAUGUAGUAACAAUAAUGAAGCAUGCAUUGAACAUGAUAGUGAUGCACGUUGUCAAUUGGAUUCUGAUAAUUUUGCACUAAUUUCUCCAAUUCCAGUCAACGCUACGUACAAAUGUCUUUGCUUGAAUGAAAGAUCCGAAUGGAUUGAUUGUAAAGACUUACCAAAAAAAAUUCAUUUUUCUACUGCGCCAACUGCUGCAGCAACUACAAUAAUCACACCAAAUCCUGAUGCGCUAACUUCAACAUUACAAUCGGAAACACUGGAACAAUCUCAAUUCACUCAGCACAUCGCUUCACUAUUUCAGAAUCAUCCACAUUUAUCAAAUCUAUUUCCAAAUUCAUUCCUAUCACCAUCUAUUACAAAUAUCACAACGACAGCAGCAUCUUCUUUGAUCAAGCCCAAUCAAGAUUUUCAUCCAUCUGAUAAAUUCGGAAUAGAAACGUUUUCGUCUGCCUUAAACAGACCCGUGGAAUUACUUCCAAAGUUGCUAGCUACGGUUCCAGAACCAUCAGAUUCAUCUCCAUUCGAUACCACAACUCAUAUUCCAAUCUUGCCAACAGUAUCACCACUGUUUGUCACUUCAGAGUCUUCUUUACCGCUUCAUCAUCAUUUUAACAUGACUUCAGAAACAGCAACAAUAGCAACGGCUACGCUGUCAGGAAAUCCCAAAUCUCGGGAUUCUGUUAAUUCUACUGAAUCAAUAGAUGAUUUAAUCCUGAAUCCAACCGGAAGAAUUUUCGUGGAUAUAUCAGAUAAGCUUAAGAAUGAGAAUGUAACCGUUGAAUCUUCACGUUCGUCAUCAGUUAUGGAAUUUCUUGCCACUGCAUCAUCUCCUGAAAUGAUAAUCAACAAUGAUAAUAGAUCAGUUAUCCAAUUAUCCACAUUAUCCAGAUUUGCAACUGCUAUAUCAUCUACUUCGGUACCAACAACAAUGGCAAUUAUUGAUGGAGACAGUAGUAGUACAACACAAAUUGAUUCAUCUACACCGGAUGAAACGGAAACCGACGAACAAUCAAUUUCAACUUCUAAAACAAUCCAUACAAUUGAGGAUGACAAUUUAUCCAAUCAAUUAAUGUUCACAACAACAGCCUUUUAUUCAACAUCAAAAAUUCAUGAGGAGGAAAAAGCAGAGAAAGAGGAAAAUUGGAAUUUGUCACAAGGUUUUACGAAAUCUAUCGAAGAAAUGGAACAGGUAAAUUUUUGA